GAAGAAUAUGAAGAAAUGGAACGUAAAUUAAACAUUCGUUCCAACAUAAUUGAGGAAGUGAAGGAACUUAAGUUUUACGUAGCUGCAGUACCUGCACAAGUAGAAAAGCUGCAAGAAAUUACAAUUGGUGUCAUCAACGACUACACAGUUUUCGACCGUUUCUUGUACAAUAUCCCCGAUGAAGAUGUGUUUGCCAAAUGGAACACACUAGUAUAUGCUGGAACCAUCAUGAGGCUCAGCAAGGCAGCUGUUAACUGGCUAAUUGAUGAUUACGACAGGUCCUUAGACCUUCAACAAGAACAACUGAACGCCCUGAGCUCAGAAGUGGAAGCUUUGUCGUAUGGCGUUAUUGCUUUGUCCGAAUUCGUCGAUUUGGAGCAGGCUACAGAAGUGUGCGAACAAAUUGACAAGCUGUUGGAACAAGAAAAAGGGUUUCAGGAGCAGUGUAACUUGCUAAACCGACGCCAAAAAAUAUUCGGAUGUCCAUCGCUUCUUCAGGAUGAGCUGGAUAACAUUUUGACGGGAAUUCAGCCAUAUCACGAUUUAUGGUUUACUUGUGUUGAUUGGCUGAAAGUUAUUGAUGCCGUUAACAACGCCACUUUGGAAGAAGUAGAUAUUGAUGCUCUUGUAUUCGUUAUAAACCAAGGAGUGGACAAAAUUUCCCAAUGUGCCAUUCACUUUGGAGAAGCUGGGUUGUCAAAAGUGCAGGCAAUAGCAGUCAAAGUAAAAGAAAAGAUGGACGAAUUUCUUCCUCUUGCUCCUCUUAUGCGUGCUCUGAGAAAUGAUGGGUUGAGAUCUCGACAUUGGGAAGCAAUUUCAGACAUCACAGGAAUUCCAGUGGUUGCAAAAACCGAAAACUUUAAAUAUCUGUUAGAACAGGGAAUUGCUACUUAUUGUCAAAGGAUUGUGGAUAUUGGAGACCUUGCUACUAAAGAAUUGGAGAUUGAAGUCGCAUUAGAAAAUAUGCAAGAGAAAAUUGCAGAGUAUGAAGUAACAUUCAGCUUGGAUUCCGUUUCAAAACAACAUUACAUUUCCAUGUCUGACGAAUCCAAAGAAAUCGUGGAAGAAUACGUAAAGAAAACUGAGGAACUCAAGGAAAAUCCUUUUAACCCACCGUUUGAGGAAGAGCUGGCUAAGUGGGAACGUAAGAUUAAUAUGGCCAAGAACAGCAUGGAACUGUGGUUUAAACUUCAGCAAGAUUGGUUGGUGGAAAUCGAACCCAAUUUUCGAGCAGCGGAUAUCAAAACUAGAUUGCCCGUGGAGUACAAACUAUUCGAAAAGAUGCAGCGUAUUUGGAAACGACUGAUUCGUCAUGUCAAAAGCAAACCGAUGCUUAUUGAAGUCGCAUCAGAUUCAACGGUUGCGGCGUCACUUCAACAAUUCGACGAGUUGGCAGGAACGAUAAAGAAAGCUUUGGAGGAACGACAGCGACCUAAAGGGUCAGACGAAGACUCUGAUUAGCUGUGCCAUAUACAGCGAUAUUUCUGUAAUAUGAUCUUAUAAUUUGAUUCGUAAUUGCUAAUUUUAAAGCUAUCUAUAUAAGUACAUGUGUAUGCGUGCAUUAAGAAUACUUAACUUUUAGUUAAUGCAAACGUAAAUGCUAAAUAAAUAAGGAUGAUUGCAUUAAUAACCCCUAUUAAAACCACUCCAUAUUUCUCUUGUAAUGUUAAUGCACAGAUUAAUUGAUCAGUAAAUCAAUAUUUUAUAACGCAACAAAUCACUCUGUUCAUUUGCCCUCCUGACAGGAAAUAACUUCAUUAACAUCAAUUUUGAUAAGAUAUUUAAUUUAUAUAUGUAGGCUGAAAUUGAAGUACAGUCUUGGUCUGUGCAUAAAGUGCCAAAUCUUUGAGAAAAUCAGAAACUUGACAGACUUAUUUAAUAUCUAUGUUAACUAAACUAACUUUAUAGGUUCACAUCUGGAGCAAAAACCACAUACAUUUCUCAUCAACUAGUCAGCCAUUACAAUGGAAAUUAAUUAAGUUCAAUAUUACCUAAUCACACAAAACAUAUCCUUCGAUUUCAAUCAAAGGAGCCCCGUCAUAAAGUAAUCGUCAGGGAGUAAGAAAAAUAAAUUAAGUAAGAUAACUUUGAUAUGUAUGACUUAAAAAUAUGUAUGCAUUUAAUUAGAUUUUUAAUUUAAGCUACUAGUAUUUUAUAUUUCUGUAGAGUUUUCAUUGUUGUAAUUUUUAAGCAGCAUACAUAAUAACGUCACGUAAUG